GUUCAAGCCAUGUUGCAGGGUGUUCUUUGGUGUUCUGUGACUGUCUUCCUUCGACCAUCACGAUGCCCUCCGAUGUCAUAGAGAUCGACGAACAUUGUCUCUCGGGCAAGGGAUACCCGCCACAUGCCUUCCGCCUCACACAGAAGUUCCGGGAGUAUGCGCUAUUCAUGCAGAAAUGCCUGAUACCGUACGACAAGGAAUGCAUCAUGAGCGACGACGACGAGAUGUCGACAGCAAUGGCGCUUGUGGUGGCGAGUGGGAGGAUGUGCCCCAAGGGUGAGCUCGAGAUCCGCAGCGAAGCAGCCAAGGGCAGCCCAGAAGAUAUUCUCGAACUCGGCAUACGGCACUAUACAGGCCAGGGCGGACCCCCUCAGAAUCCUCGAGUCGGGUUGGAACAAUGGCUGUAUCUCAUCGACGUCGAGCGUGGCGGGAGACUCGCAACCCCUCCCAAUCGACGAAUCCUCUCGCAAGCACAUUCAUGCAUCGCGUGGUAUUACAUCGAGAAGGUUCACCGAAACAGCAGGAAACCGAAGAUGGGUGACUUGACGCGCGCCGCCGAGGCCGCAAACGCGGCCGCUCACCUCGGGUACUUCACGCCCGCCGUCAUUGCGACCGCGGAAUACAUCGACGAAGCUGUCGAGAAAGAGUCGGGGAAGCAGUAUUGGGAGGUCUCCCCCUUCGACACAAUGAAGGACCUUCGAUGCGUGUAUGAGCGUCAGCAGCGCGAAUUAGAGGCUGGCGAGGAGCCAAACGUGCAGCGCUGUGCAUGGCCGGAAUGUUGGCUGGAGGGGACGAAGGACGCGCCGCUGAUGAAAUGUAACGGGAAAUGUACGGAGCCGUACAAGCCGCGGUACUGUAGCAGGGAAUGUCAAAAGCAGGACUGGAAGCGCCACAAGCCGAAAUGCAAGCCAGGUCCCCCUACGCCAUCGGCUUCAGAGGAUGGCUCCGAGGAAGAGGAAGAGGAGCAGGCAGCUGGACCCAGCAGCCGGGCAUUGACCAAGCCGAUCAUAAGCGGUCUUCCAGUCCAUACUUCGUCGACUACGAUGAGCCCCUAGGGAGUACAGCAACUCCAGGAUCAGAUGAAAGGAGUAUCGCUCUCCGGUGGCAGAGCGGACAACUAGCUGUCCCGUCUCUGUACCAGCCGGACGACGUGUUGUCUAUGCUGAGGUGUACUCUGUAUGAUGAUUUGUGAUACCAAUGUAAUUGUGUCGUUCAAGUUGUGGAACAUUGCCUCUUCA